UUAUGACAAAAAAAGGAUACAACUUCAAAAAACUCGCCAUGCCUCUUAUGAAGUACGUCCGACUGUCUAAUCUGCAAAAAAGGGGACGUCCUGACAUUUGGGGGAUAUCUGUACUGUCCCUGACAUUUGGGGGAUAUCUGUACUGUCCUGACAUUUGGGGGAUAUCUGUACCGUCCUGACAUUUGGGGGAUAUCUGUACUGUCCUGACAUUUGGGGGAUAGGUACUGUCCUGACAUUUGGGGGAUAUCUGUACCAUCCUGACAUUUGGGGGAUAUCUGUACCGUUCUGACAUUUGGGG